AUGAACCUCUCCUUCACAGAAAAGUCUUCCUCCAGCGAAAAGAUGUCCAAAUUUAUUCAAGAACGUCUUUCGCAUGUGGAAAAGAAUUUUGGGGCUUUAUGUGCUACUUUCAGUUCCUACGCUAGAAAAACUGCAAAAAUUAGAGAUAAAGGUGAUGAACUCUCAAAACAGAUUUCCAGUUAUGUUGAGACUGAAGUUUUAAAUCCUUCAUCAAAAGAACAAUUGACUUUAUUUGCUGAAACUUUAUCAACUAUUCAAGACUACAGACAAGCACAGGUUCAACGCCUCGAUGCCAAUGUAAUCAAACAUUUUGCAUCUUAUGGGUUAAAAUGUAAAAAUAAAAAGAAUGAGCUGAGGGCUUCAUUUGGAGCACAACAACUUGAAGAGAGAAAAAAACAAGACCUCAACAAACUAAUGCAUAAAAAUCCAUCCAGUCAAUUUCAGAUUGUAUCCUCCAAGGCAAAAUCUGAAUUGGCUAAAGCCAGUGCAGAUGCUUCUGUUGCCAGUAAAACAUUAGAAAAAGAAAUGGAUGUUUUUGAGCUGCAAAAAUUGACAGACAUGAAGAAACUGCUGAUGAAUUUUGUGAAUAUUGAAAUGACAUUUCACUGUAAAGCACUAGAGUUAUACACACAAUGUUACCAAAACCUCUCGGAAAUAAAUGUUGAUAAAGAUCUUGAGGGAUUUCGAAAACAUAUUCACCCACCAAUGUCUGCAUCACGAUUGGAAAUAGCUCGUAAAAUAUCUGCUGGAAAUAUCACUCCUGUGAAAUCUGUUAUCAGCCCAAGUAACAGGCAACCCAGUGUUAUGACCUACACUGAAGAUGAUGAUGACGAAGAUGAUGAUGAUGAUGAUGAUGAAUAUGAUGAAGGUAGCAGCAGUAAUGACAGUGAAGAUCUUAGACCAUCAGCUCCCAAAGAAAGUUACCAGAAAAAGUAA